AUGUCUAAUUUUGGGAGAAAAACGUGGAACAGAGAGGAAUAUGCUCAGCUAGAACGAGAAGGAAAGGGAAACCAAGCCUCUACAUUAGAUUCUCUCUCUGAGCAACAGUUGGAAACUUUGAAAGCUAAAUUUUCAGACCACAAUGCUUUGAUCAAGAAUGCCAUGCUAGAUUCUAAUAAGCGUACUUUAACAACAGGGCUUAACGCUUACAAAGCUGGGAGGCAGUAUGGCUUCUACUGUGACAUAUGUGACAUGACUUUUAAGGAUACGCUUCAGUACGUUAACCACCUGAACCACAAAAUUCAUCAAAUUAAGUUUGACCAAGUCUUCGAUGAGCCGCUCAUCUUAGACACUAGGGACAAUGAUGAACUAACUACACAAGAAUUUGAACAGUCCUACGCGGAGUCGCUUAAAGUGUUCCUAAAGGUGCAAAAUAUAUCAGAUAAAGCGCCUAAAAAGAGAAUAAAUCGAACCAAAGAUGGAAACGAAGUUCAGUUGUCUUCCCAUAGCCACACUGAACCGCCGAAUGAAUUGAACGAGGUAAUGGGGUUUGUAGGUUUUGGAAGCACUAAGAAAUAA